UGUAAGCCUGCAGUAGCGCGAGCAGUGUGAGUCUGACUGACAGCCAGCAGGUGUCGCUGUUCGACAACAGCCUUGAAACCGGAAGCAGUCCGCUGUGGCUAUCUUUACUGGAAUUAAUGUUGACGAACAACUCAAUGUUCCUUUACUCAACGCCGGUGGCUACUAACCAAUCACAGUAGUUUGGUGUGAGGCUGGACCAAUCACAGCCCUUGUGUGCUGUAAACCAUAUAAACAUUCUGUUCAUGAGUUGAAUCUGUUAAAGUCGCGAUGGCGUCUGAUCUGAGGAAACAACUGGAAGAGUUUCUCAAGCGUCUGAACAUUGACACGAUCUGCAUCGAUCAUCCAGAGGUGUUCACGGUGGAGGAGAUGAUGCCUCAUGUGGCUCAUCUGAGCGGCGCGGUCACUAAAAACCUCUUCCUGAAAGACAAGAAGAAGAAGAGCCUGUGGCUGCUGUCCGUCCGGCACGACCGGCAGCUGGACCUCAGCGACGUGUCCAAGCGCCUGGGCCUCGGCGGAGGAAACCUGCGUCUGGCGGACGAGGCGCUGCUGCUGGAGAAGCUGCAGGUGCGUCAGGGCUGCGUGACGGCGCUCGCGCUCUUCUGCGACACGGACCAGAGCGUGAAGGUGGUGCUGGACCGCGAUCUGACCCACGGCGGACACGAGCGCGUCUAUUUCCACCCCAUGACCAACAGCGCCACCAUGGGACUCAAACCAGACGACCUGCUGCGCUUCCUGAAGGAGACCAAACACGAGCCAGUCGUCCUGAGCUUCGACUGAUCCCAUCAGCUCCAGUGUCACUGACAUGUGACACGUUACUGUUAGUCGUUGCUCUUUAACUGGCAGCUCAGAUGUGUCACUGCCUUCAGACUCAUGUUUACAUCUUCAAACACCUGUCACAUGUCAAACUUUACUGUAUGACCUGCAGUACAGUUUUUAUGAAACAUCUCUCAAUAUUAAGGUCACUUUUCCAAAACUUCACAGUUCUUCUCACCAACUUUCACCCUAGCAGCAGUUCAUUUCACAUUCAAAAUGCACUAAAACUACCAAAACACUUCAUACAGAGUCAAAUCAACUCAUUCUUCCAAAGGUUUCACCCAACAAACACUUUAUAAAACACUGAUCCAAAAAACAGCCUUUGUACAGUGUUUUCUUUUGUAAAAAUGCCUUCACAAACCAUGAAUGACUCUCUGCUGUUACAUUUCGUCCAUGUUUACAUUACAGUAAUAAAUUAUUCUUAAGUUUCA